GUAGCCAGUGUGAUGGAAGGGCUAAAAUUUGACAAUGUGACAUAACGUGCUCUUUUGGUUCAUGGUUAUGGUUAUUUAAAAAUCACAUUUGCGGGUGCAAUUUUGGCACUCAAUUUUAUCAUUUGCACAUUUUAGCCACUCGAAAAUGAGAUGUCUCCACUCUUGGACCGUAUAUGCAAAAGCUUGUUAUAAAGUCAUACCCCAACACACUAAAAAUGUGUCAUAGCGUUCCAUCUGAAUCUACCAGAAGAGACAGGAACAAAGUACGUUUUUUCAAGUGUCGAAACCGGUGGCCCAACUGCCCAAGACAAUAAACUUGGACCUGUCCCUAUGAAUUUCUAAAUUAACAGAUGAUCCAUUAGGCCCAAUAACUUAAACUCCUCCGGCGAUCAAUACCACCACCACCGCCCGUUAUCACACUCGGCCUUAAAACCUCCUCAGUUUCUUCCACCACUAACCACCACACUCCUCUACUCUCCGCCCGGCCGUCCGAUUCGCCGGAAUGGACGCCCUCCUCGACUCAAUCAACGUCCGUGAGCUCCUCUCGGCGCAGGACCUGAGCGACCCCACCACGCCUCUCUCGGCGCCGGAUCUCCGCCUCCUCAUCCAACGCCUCGACUCCCACUCCCUCAAAAUCAAGUCCAAAGUCCAAUCCUACCUCCUCUCCCACCACCACGACUUCGCCGACCUCUUCUCCCUCUGCAACGACGCCGUCUCCCGCUCCCACAGGCUCUCCGACGACCUCGCCGGCUUCCUCCGCUCGCUCUCCGACCGCCCCGUCGAGGCGGAGAUCGGCGAGAUUGUGAAGCAGAUGAGCGCCGCGACCAAGGAGGCGAGGGAGAAGCGGGAGCUACUGGAGCUGGUGAGGGCAAUUCUGGAAAUUAGUGAAAAUUUGAAGGCGGCUAGGGAGGCGGUGAGGAAUGGACGGCUGAGAUUUGCUGCUGAGGAGUUGAGGGAGCUGAAGAAGGCGGUUGGGGUUUCCGAUGACGAUCGCGUUGAUGAGCCUGUGGUUUAUGGCUUGCUGAGGAAGGAGUGGUCAGACUGCUUUGAUGAGAUUCAAGAGGCGCUGAUGAGGUUCAUGGACAAUGCGGUGCGUUACGAACACGAAACUAAUAGAAUUCGAGUUAAGUAUGUACUGAGUAUUGAUGGGAAUGAUGGGAUUGAGCUCAAGACAGUGUUGGAAGCUUUGGAUGUGGUUGGCAUUUUGAACUAUGGACUCAGUAAAGUAGGUGACUUGAUGAUCAAGCAUGUCAUCUCUCCAGCUCUAAAUUUCGGAGUGCCUGUGUCCUUUGUAAUAGAAAUAAAUUCAAACUCAGAAACAAUGACGGAGGCUGUACUGAAGAUUGAACCAUUAAAUGAUCCUAAGAUAGAAAAGAUGGAUGGAGAAACUAUCUAUUCAAGGAUUACUGAGGUUAUAAAGUUUAUUAACAAAUACAUUUGCUUUCAAGAGGGUUCUUGGACUCGAUGCGUUGGAAGAUUGACAUGGCCAAGAAUAUCAGAUUUGAUUAUUUCCAAGUUUCUUGCCAAGGUUGUCCCCCAAGAUGCUUCAAAACUUGCAGACUUUCUAAAGAUCAUCAAUUGCACUUCUGAAUUUGAGACUGCUUUAAAGGAAAUGAAGUUUAUUUCAGUAACUGAAAACAAAGAUAACCAGUUGAGCAGUUUCGCUGAAAACGUCGAGGUUCACUUUGCAUCCAAGAAGAAGGCCGAAAUCCUGGGAAGAGCUAGAAAUUUGCUCCUACGAUGUGAUUUUGCUAUUACUCAAGAGAAAACAAGGUGGAGAGGUAAGCAUGAUGGGGCCGCUAGCAAUAUUCCAGAAACUGUUGACUUGCUAUUUCUGUCGCAGCGGUGUGUGGUGUCUGAAGCAGCAAUUAAUUUAAUGAAGUUAGUGCAUGAGACACUCAAGGAUGUAUGCUUGUCAUCCCCUAAAGUUGCAUUGGAAUUUUAUCGUGCUGCUAGGGAUGCACUACUUCUAUAUGAAGUUGUCAUACCUGUCAAGCUAGAACGGAAGCUUGAUGGCAUCAAUCAGGUCGCUGUUCUCAUGCAUAAUGAUUGCCUUUAUUUAUCUCAGGAGGUUCUAGGGUUUGCAUUUGAGUACCGGUCAGACUUUCCGACUUCAUUGAAAGAGCAUGCUGUAUUUGUUGAUAUGGCACUGAGAUUUCAUCUCAUGGCAGAGGACAUACUGCACAGACAAAUCCAACUUGUGCUUCGUAGUUUGAGUGAGGCUCUAGAUGGAGCUGAUGGGUUCCAGAAUACCCAUCAAAUGCAACAAUUCCAAUCUGCGAAAUUUAGUAUAGAUCAGGUUGUUUUCAUUCUGGAGAAAGUACACAUUAUAUGGGAGCCACUCUUAUUGCCUUCAACUUACAAGAGAAGCAUGUGUACUCUUCUAGAGUCAGUUUUUUCUAGAAUCACAAAAGACAUACUCCUUUUAGAUGAUAUGGCAGCAGAAGAAACGUUAGAGCUUCAAAGGCUGAUUCACUUGAUGCUGGAAAACCUAACUUCUUUGUUGGACUCCCUGGCUGCUCUUCAAGUUGAGAAAUCACAAGAGAGAAUGACAUAUCUUGAUGAUCUUGUACCAUCAUUACGGAAAAUUCGUAAACUGGCAGAAUUAUUAGAUAUGCCCUUGAAAGCAAUCACUAGUGCUUGGGAAACUGAAGAACUUCGAAAUAGUGGAUUUACAUCGUCAGAGGUAGAGGAUUUCAUCAAAGCAAUCUUUCAAGACUCACCUUUGCGGAAAGACUGCUUAUGGAGGAUACAUGACAACUUUUGAAUACGUAGUGUCAGUUUUCUUUAAGGAAGCAUGGUGCUCUGUUUUAAGUUUUAACAGCAAGGUUAAUAUUACGAAAGUUUCAGAAAUAUGUGAAAAGGGGUGUACCUAGAAGCUGUAGGGCGUAUAUUGAAUGAUUGAUCAUGUAUCUUACCUUCUCGUGGACUUGAAAUUCAAAAUCCAAACUUCUUUUUA